GCAUCGCUGCUCCGCCGGGGCAUCAAUCAAAUCCACAAGGCAUUCGGCUCAGUGGAUAAAUAGCGGACAUGGCUGCCACGUCAGCACUAGUGGCCCUAUCUUUCCUUGGCGGGAAAGUUGACAAACUGGAGAUUAAGGAUAAAGAAUAUAAUAGGAAUGUAAUUAACCGUGAGAGGGGGGAUGCAAGCCUUGUAGAGCAAGCCACGCGGGGCUUAAGUAGCCCCCCCCCAACGUGCUUCUCCGCUCGAAUAAGGCUGAAGACCCGAUCCCGAUCGGUGGCCACCGACGUGUCCUGCUGCGGUUGGCGGGAAAUCAGAGGGUAUCCGAUUGCCACGUGGAGAGCUGGGAGCAUCGCUGCGCGCCGGCGCCAGAUGCGCGCUGCUGGCAUUCGCGGGAAACUAUUCCCGCCGCCGCCGCGCGUCCUUGGCCUUGGCUUUGAUGAGGACCUGGAUCGGGAUCGGUCAUCAAGGAGGGAUGGGGAUACUCUUCAGCAGUGUAGCUCGCUUUCUGAGCGGACACGUGGCAGCUGGAGACGACCACUUCAUCACUCGGCCGCGAGUUCCUCCACGUGGACGAAGCCAAGAGGGGCAAUGAUGAUCAGGAGGCUGACACGUGGCGGCUCAUCCUUGGAUAGAGCAGCAGCAGCAGCAGGAGGAGGAGGAGGAGGAGGAGGAGUGGGUUUUGCCUAUUUAGCGGGAACGCCAGUGGUUCAAGUAGCUGGGUAUGGUGAGCGCUCGCGAGAGAGCAGGACACGUGGACGGCUCCAGUUGAUGAGUCAGAUUCUAGCGGAAGUGGGACGCGAACUGACUGGCCGAGCGAAAGUGGUAAAGAUCGAUUCUGAAAAAUAUCCGCAAUUGGCGAGCCGGUAUGGUGUAGAAGCUCUUCCGACGCUUCUACUUUUUCACAACGGGAAGCUACUUGACAGAAUGGUCAUCACAUCACCGCUCUUGACAUCAACCCUAUCUCAAGAGCGACGCCCCUUUGAGCGAGCAACGCAGCCCGAGUCCCUGCAAAAGGCCUCACCAGCUAUCACUGCAAAGGGUGCUGCUGUAUGUUCGUAUGCAGAGAUCUUCCACGACUCAAUCAAGACAGAUCCGAUCCCAUGGUUUCGCAAGUUUGAGCUCACUCUGCAGCUCCACAACGUCAAGGAAAACAAGCACCACGCUUACUUGUACUCUCGCUCAGGGGGCGCGUGUCAGGCGUGGUUGGACAACUUGUUGUCCAAGUACGGAGUGRUAGCAGCGGACUUGCACACCAUGAUCAGCUGGGAUGAUCGGAAGGCGGCGUGGCACAAGCGGUUCCAGGUGGAGCCGCCAGAGAUCAAAGCCAUGGACAAGCUGAUGGUCUUCGAGCAAGGCACGCUGCCGAGUACGGACUGGAUCGUCGAGUACCAAMGCUUGACGUCAGUCCCAGACAUCCAGAUGGGCUUCAAGGCCAUCCGCCACUAUUUCAUCUCAAGGUCAUGUCCGGCAUUGAGCAAUGCCCUGACGCAUGUCGAGGACAUCUUGACGACAACGGCGGAACUAUUCGACAAGGCUGCACAGAUCAUCGUUACGAACAAGGAGGCCAAGAACCUCCGUUCUUCUGCGUCAGGCCCGAGCGGGAACCAGCACCGGCCACGAGUGGCCGUGGUCGCAGCGGCAGCGCCGUUAGACCAAACCAGCGAGGCUGCGUCUGCCAGUGAAGGAGACAGAUUCACAGCCGCCCGGGAAGGCUGUUUGCCAGCACCGCAAUGCGCAGCACUUAGCGCUCAUCUCCACACUCACCUUUCCUUCUAUGCACCACCAACUUUGCCGACGGAUGACGAAGUCGCGGUGGGGGACAUCCUGGCGUACAUUACCAAGGUGGCCCGCGAGUUUCGCACGCAGCGGUACGAUAACAACAAUGCACYGCUCAUGUAUGUCCGCAUCCAGGUUGGGCAAGCGUCCUGCAGCGCUUUGCUGGAUAGCGGYGCGACUCGCAACUUCAUGAGCCAGUCUUUUAUGCAAAGAGCUGGCCUUGGCACACAAGUUCGGAGAAAGGCGAACCCGAUGGCGAUCAAGUUGGCGGAUGGAAAGACGCAGCAACUACGCGACCGUUACAUCGGGGCCGUACCGGUCUACUUCGCACCUCAUGCAUGCGAACCGGUGACAUUCGAUAUUCUCGACACGGACUUCGACAUCAUUCUGGGAAUGCCUUGGCUUGCAAGUGCGGAUCACACGGUCAACUUCCAUCGGCGGACUCUUAGCGUUCGCGACGCCUUCGGCGUGGAAGUGGCGUGUACGAUUCCUCUACCACACUCUUCGAUCCGGUGCCAAGUGGUGACGACCAAAUCAUUCCGGACGACUUGUGCUUACGAGCAGCCCGAGGAGAUCGGCAUAUGUUUCCUACGGACCGUCGCGUUAGCCGACUCUUCACCCACGGACUUGUCUUCGGACCCCCGUGUGGUACGGUUGCUGGACGAGUUCGCCGACAUCUUCGAGUCACCUACCGGUGUGGUGCCGGGUCGGCCGAUCUCUCACGAGAUCAUUCUUGAGGCCGGUGCCGUGCCGCGGAAAGGUUGCAUCUAUCGGAUGAGCGAAGAGGAGCUUGAGGUACCCCGCGCACAACUCGAUGAUUUGUUGGCCAAGGGCUGGAUCCGCCCGAGUAGCUCCCCAUAUGGAGCACCAGUUCUCUUCGUCAGGAAGAAGAACAAGGAUCUACGAUUGUGUAUCGACUACCGCAAGCUCAACGCGCAAACCGUUAAGAAUGCAGGGCCUCUUCAUCGCAUCGACGAUCUUCUCGAGCGACUGGGCGGUGCGAAGUAUUUUUCCAAGUUGGAUUUAAAAUCAGGAUAUCAUCAAAUCUCGAUUCAACCGAAUGAUCGCUACAAAACCGCAUUCAAGACGCGGUACGGACAUUUUGAGUGGGUGGUCAUGCCUUUUGGCCUCACCAACGCCCCGACAACAUUCCAGGCAGCGAUGACCAAUGAGUUUCGUGCAAUGUUGGACCGGUUCGUGCUGGUCUACUUAGACGAUAUUCUCGAAGGAGCUGUUCCAAAAGAUCAGUUACUCGCCAGGAUGAGUGCUCUGUUGUCCACAAUGAGAACGUAAACCACCACUACAUGCCAGCCAUCGAUCGGGGACCCCUUUCGGAACCUGCCCACCGUCGCGUCGAUGUAUUUUAUCGCCGACGCACGAGCUGCCUAAUUUUUAGGAGAGGCUGAAAUUGGACUCUCAACUUGGUUGGAGUCGUGUACAUUGGCUGCCGAAGUUGACAAAGGCGCGCGAACUUGCAACUGUGCCUUUAAAAACUGGCCUCCUGCUUUCAGGACCGGGCCAGGGGCGAAUCGAAAGCGGAGUUUUUACGGCAUAAAUUGGUACGACCUGUACUCUGCUUCGGCGCUUGAGAUAACCAUGUUGAAGGGGCACUCGGCAAAAUGACUCCGUGACUUCGGGAGAAGGGCAAGGGGUGAAUCGAAAGCGGAGUUUUUACGGCAUAAAUUGGUAUGACCUGUAUUCUGCUUCGGGGGAAUUGAAGUUUGACAGCACAAGUACCUCUUGUUUAUGCUAAAUCGAAGCAUCGUUUGGAGUUCAGGGCUAGGGGCAAAUCAAAAGCGGAGUUUUUG